ACUAAUCAGCAGACGACCCGUUCGCGGCGCACACUUUCUUUUCCCGCCAAAACAAAGUCACUAUCGCUUUUUGUUCAUGCGCGUGAGGAGUCUUUCUAAAAAAUUCUUAUCAUCUCGUCAUGCUCCCCUAUCCUAGCAGGAAAAGAGAUGGAAGUUUACGCUUCCUAGCAUUCACUGACCUACACCUUCCGUCUUCAACUUUCUAUCUUCUCGCUUUUUCUAACCGUCGCACACCCCAAAGUUGCCUGGAGCCUUUGUGAAAAAAAAAUCGUCUCUUUGAAUACACUUUUUUGCCUCUUAGAUGAAAUGUUCGUAAUGCUUUAUGCCUUGAGAAAUGUUGAAUUGAAGAUAUACCGCUUAUCUUAUCGUCAAUCGUGAUCAACCUGGUGAUUGAGAUGUCAAUUGACUGGAGGUAAGGCGUGAGAGAAUGCAGAGCACUCCAGAAUUGGGUCCCUCACGAAGCUCAUAAUCCUGAACAAAAAAACAAAAAUGCAUCUUCGAAUGUGAAAUUAUUUGCGGAGAAAAGGUGCACAUUUACUGAGCCAACCAGUCGUUGAUGGAUGUAACGAGUAAACACAAAUUUAUUCAGGAUGCCGGAGCCAAACCAAAUAUCAAUUCACUUUGGUGUCAGAUUCAGAGGAUUACAACAAUUUUAGACACAAAGAUUAAGUAUUGAAAUCGUCGGUCUCGGGGAUUGUGUUACCAAAAGCAACGCGACCCGAUUCUGGUUCCUUUGCCCAGGAGGGUUAGAGUAACGCGUUAGUACGGGGGAAUUGAGGAAUUUUUCAAUUUUUAGUUGUUGAUUGGGGUUCGUGUAAGAUGUCACGGUCACCAGUGAGCGGUAGACCCUUGGAGAGCGGGAGGGAGAACGGGUGUUGUCGGCAAACUAACAAUAAGACGAAGAGCCUGCAGCUCCUCCAUCAUAUGACUGAUUCACAGAAGCCGCUGGUAGCGAGAUGUGAAUCUGAAGGAGUGGAAAUCACGGCGGUAAGGAUGCCAGGUAAACGAGAACAUAUCGUAAACUUCGUCUCACGGUCACGUAAGGGCACGGGAGAGGAUGAAGUCCGUGUGUCUGGAGGAGCAGGUUAUCGACAUCGCAAUCGUCGAUGUCCACCAAACUGCAUGAAGAGCAUCCUUUGUUUCGCCGUCCUCAUCCUCUUCAUCAUCACUUUCGUAUUAGUCGCACUCCUUGUACGGAACACAUGUGAUCACCUUUUCAACGCGUCCUCGAACACGAGUGUUGUAGAGACCGUAAUCACACCUAGAACAGAACAGGCGACUGAUGCCAAGCCCUCGUCCUCACCAUUAGUGUGGGAAAACUUCCGAUUGCCUACCAACUUGAAGCCGUCCCAUUACGAACUUAGCUUAAGAACUGACAUUCACCGUGGCAUCUUCGCUGGUAACAUCACCGUUCACUUCACAUGCCUCAAAGAGACAGAUAUCAUCCUACUGCACACAAAAGAGCUGAACUACUCUGUCGAAUCAUUCCGAUUUCUCAAAGAAGGGGGAAACGAAGAAGUCACUUUAAAUGGACCGCCUACAUUCUAUGAAAAGAAUGACUAUCUUGUCCUUCGGACUGUCUCCCCCUUGGAUCAGGGUACGAGGUAUUCACUUAGUAUGCAGUAUGUGACCGUAUUCAAUGCCAACCUACUAGGUCUAUACCAAGGCAAGUACGUCACAUCUCAAGGAGUGACAGAACACUAUGUGGCAUCUUUCUUGUCGCCUAUCAACGCUCGACGCGUCUAUCCGUGCUUCGACGAACCCGCCUUUAAAGCUAACUUCUCAAUCAGUAUCAUCCACCUCGUCGGCUACAGCGCCUUCUCUAACAUGGACGUCAUCGAUCGACAGACAAAUCCGACGACCAUGGGUGAUGGUGAGAUGUGGGAAACGACUUCGUUUAGGACCACGCCAGUGAUGUCGACUUACCUAGUUGCUUUCCUCGUGUGUAAAUUCCAAAGCAAAGUGCAAAUUGUCAGGGAAGGAGUUGAGUUUCGAGUUUUGGCAAGAGACGAUGUAAUUGACCAGGCAAACUUCGCGCUCGAUAUUGGGGUCAGGCUUUUCAACUUUCUGGAAGAUUACAGUGGUUUCGAUUACCCAUUGCCCAAAUUAGACAUGGUAGCCUUGCCCCAGCUUGUAGUAGCUGGUAUGGAGAAUUGGGGGCUGGUGACAUACCGAGAAUCGUACAUGCUUUACGAUGAACGAGAGACACCUACAGAAACACUUCAGGAGAUAGCUUUUGUAAUCGCUCACGAACUCGGCCAUCAGUGGUAUAGUAACUUGGUUACUCAGGUUUAUUGGGAUGAGCUUUGGCUGAAGGAAUGCUUUGCGACAGUCAUGGGAAAGAUCGCUCUUGAAGAACUCUUUCCAGAGUGGGCAAUGUGGGAUGAGCAAUUUGUGGUGAAGGAUCUGCAGAUGGUAAUGAUACUGGAUUCCUUGGUGACGUCACAUCCUAUCCAGCAACCUGUUACUAAAGUCGGUGACAUCAUGGACAACUUUGACAUGAUCAGCUAUCAGAAAAGUCCAGCCAUUCUUCGAAUGCUUCAACACAGCAUAAGAUAUGAAACCUUUAAGGAGGGUCUUGAGGUUUUUCUCCAGAACAAGCAGUACGGUAAUGCUGACGCCUGGGAUAUUUGGCGGGCAAUAUCUUCGGUAACUCAGGCUCAUGGCCAGUACCGGGAUAUCAGCGAACUUAUGGCGCCAUGGUUAGGUCAAAUGGGUUAUCCUGUAGUUACUGUGUCACGUGACUGUGGUCAUGACAUGGUUUGUCUUCACCAGGAGCAUUUCUUAUUGGACAGGGAAAAGACAGAGGUCGCUGAAUCAAAGUACAAAUAUAUUUGGCCUAUUCCGGUGACGUUUUCAUCAGCUGCUAGUAAUGACAUCAUCUCCCCGUAUAUGUACUGGUUAAAUACGAGAGAAGGACGAUUUGCGAUCCCUAAUGUCCAACGUGAUCAGUGGAUAUUGGUGAAUGUCAAUAGGACUGGUUUCUUCAGGACCAACUAUCACAUCCACAACUGGCGUCUUCUCUCGAGACAGCUAAUGGAUGACCACUCGGUCAUCUCACCAGCCAGUCGUGCCGCUCUGAUUGACGACGUGUUCAGCUUGGCAACAGAAGGUCGUCUGAACUUAUCUGUUGCCCUUGACCUGACUAGAUACCUUGAGCGUGAGAUGGACUAUGUUCCAUGGAAGGGCGCCAUAGUUACAUUCAAAUACAUUGACCGCAUGCUAAGAACAACGCCUGUCUAUGGAAUCUUCAAGGAUUAUAUUCUUCACCAGGCUAAGACUGUUUAUGAUUACGUGGGAUGGAACAACACUGGACCACAUCAGGAAAAGUUAUUACGAGUGAUGAUUCUCCAGCAGAUGUGUGCAUAUGGGCAUGAAAGAUGUAUUGACAAAACAAAAGACUUAUUUAGAAACUUUUCAAAUGGCCAUGAGAUUCCGCCCGAUUACCGAAGCUUCGCCUAUAGCACACGGGUAGCCUCUGGGGGACCCGAGAUAUGGGACUCUACCUGGGAUUCCUACAAAGCUAGCUCACCAGCCGAAGCUAAACAUUGGUUGGCGGCACUCACGGCUACGGGGGAACCUUGGCUUAUCAACAGACUUUUAUCCCGCACUCUUGAUCCUGAGCAGCUUACUCUGACUGAUGCAGUCAGUGUGUUCCAGUAUGUAUCACAGAAUCCUAUUGGUGGGUUCCUGGCUUGGAAUUUCUUCAGGGACCAAUGGGAUUUGUUGAAAAAUAGGUAUGGAUCUGGUUUGUUUUUAAUGGGAAACAUAAUCACAGCUGUGACUGAAUGGUUUAAUACACGAUACCAACUCGAAGAGUUGGAGACCUUUAUGUCAAGCAAACACGAAGACUUGGAGAACCUGGCUGGUUUCAGUAAUUUCCUUCAAGCGGUUGAUAAGACAAAGGCUAAUAUCCACUGGAUGGAGAACAAUUAUGGACAAAUUGAGGAGUGGCUCGAGAACUGGAAGAGAGAAAACUCUUGAACAAUGGUGAAGCGAUUCAUACUCCACAUCAAGGGUACUUUUAGAGGCGUUGUAAUCACAAGCAUAGGAUCUUUGAAUAUUUCAGUGUCGCCGUCAAAUUCGAUGGAAUGAACAUGGAAGUGAAGCUUUAUCUGGGAAGUGAGGACAAAUUGGGUGUUGUGAAACAUUUUAGGAAUGAAUGUUUAAAGCCAGGAACUUAAGACAUGAGAAUGUGAAAGUUAAUCACUUUGGAAACAAAGAAGGUGAAGAGUGGACACGGAUGGAACAUUUUUGCAUUAGGAUGUAAAUUUAUGUGAAGAUAGGUGGAGAAAAGAAGAGAGGCAUUUAUGAAACUCUGUCAAUACAGAAACAGACUUAAAGUGAAAUGUGGACUUCAUUGAAGACAAAAAAUGGCAUUAGCAUGUGAAACAAACUGUGAGGUGAGAGUAGCUUUAAAGAAAGAAAAGAUAUUACAAGACUGAAUGUAAAUCUUGUGGAGCAAAUUAUAGAGUGCUUUAUAUAACUGCAUGGAAAAAGCACAAUACCAAAUAGUCAAGUGAUUGGAGUUGAAGACAAUAUCUGUUACAGCGAAUCAAUAUUCAUGAUAUAUGCCCUGCACUGAAAAUGUAAGAGUGGAAAGCAAAGAAUAUUUAGAAGUGGAAGCAUAUUUUUUUUCGUUUGUAUGGUUGUAUGUAUCAAAAUCUAAAAAAGAACAAUACUCUCUCAUUAGAAACAUUUAUACUCGGUGUUUUCAUUACAUGUGAAAAAAAUAUUCAGAGUAUUAGUAAAUGUCUUACAGAGAACGUGAAUGAGAAAUUAUUUGAAACUCAGCACAAGUGUAAAGUAUUUAUUGACAGUUUUAGAAGUCCCGACUUGAAGAGACAGCUAUGUGGAAAGAAAAAUGCAUGUACAGUGUAUCAUGUGAAUAAUAUAGAUACCGUGUGAUGUGUACAGAUUAAACAAUUAUAUUGGAUUGUUUGAGGUAGUCCUAUUUUUGAAAGAAAUUUUGUAUUUUCAUAAUUUGAUCUAAUUAUUUAAUAUUGUGUCUUGGUAUUAUAUAUUUAAUGGAAACAUUUUGUGAGUUGGUGGCCUAUGUCAGUGUCUAAAUUUUAGUUUCUUUGUAAUGUUUAAUUGUUUUAUCAAUUCGUAAAUAAUAGUUAUAUAUACUGUAUUCAUCUAAUAUGAAAAGGAUAACAGAAUUUUAUUUUCCAUUUGUGUUAAACAAAAACUUAAGGAGUAUGAACUGACUCAAAAUCUAUUUUUUGUAAUUAUAAAUUUAAUAAUACAAAUGUCGCAUGUAAGGCAAAAAUUACUCACUAUGAAAGACUAAUUUUGAAUAAAUAAUAAAGAAGCCAUUGGCCUUUCAACAACAAUAAUUCCUCUAGUUUCAUGCAAGGUAGACCUGGAAUAAUGCUGAUGAAUUUAUGAUAACCAGCAGAAUAAAACCUCUUAAGGACUCAAUCACAUCACCAAAGUGCACUGUUGUUUAGGUUUUUCAGAAUCAAUUGUAGUAUUUUUUUACAACAUUUAAUUUAUAACAUUCAAGCAUUUUUACAUAUUGACAGGCUACUGUUAUAUCCAUAUAUUUUACAAAUUGUAAUAUUUCAGGAUUUUGCUUAGUAUCAAGAUAUUUUAUGAGUUUAAUUAAAUAAGAAAUUAGUUUGUCAUUUCACUCUGUAUAGAUAUGUGCUGCAUGUGGAAGCAAAACUUUGCUAUUCUUUAAUUGCAAAACUAAACACAAACACAAACUAUAUGAGAAAUAUUUUCCAUAUGUAUUCAUACUUGUAGGAUACACAUGUAGCAAGGCACAAAGUAAAACAAAGUACUAAAGACCAAUAUUUCGUAAGCCAGAGGAUGUAAAUUCAAGUUCUACAUAAGCGAAGGAUAUGUCAUUGAUCUGUAUUCAAACAAUUAAUCACAUGUCACAGAAUUCUACUUGUACAGGAUUUUUACAGAAAUGAGAAUGAAAUUGAUGAAACCUCAUAAAAAAGUAUUUCAUUCUUGGCCCUGUUAUGUGAAACAUAGCAUCAACUGCAUUAAAUAUUAUGUGCAAUCAAACAUAGAAAAAUAAUCAUUUAGAUUUAUGCAACAAGACCUACAUGUGUAUGUUUAACACCUGGGGGUGUUUCACAAAGAUUUAAAUAUAAAAUGCACAAGCAUACAUGAAAUGCAACGCGCAAUCUUAUUGAUCAAUACGCAGUAGUAAGCGUCCUCUUCGCAUGAUCUGACCAAUGCAGUUAAUACCUUUUAUUCAUCAUGCAACUCAGCAUUUAAUUGUGACUCUUAAGUCAUACUUAAAUCUUUGUGAAACACCCCUUGGAGUUGUCCCGACCCCGACUACACUGCACAUAUUAGGAUAAUGUGUCAUGGUGACAAGAGGGUGGUUCAUAAAGAGACAAAUCUGACUAUAUAAAAGUCUUAAAUGCAAAGAUAUUCAAUACAUCAUUUCAUUGAUAAUUAUGCAGUAGCACAUAUCCCAUUUGACCAAUGCAAUGAUAAUAUAUAUAUCACAUGCAAAGAGGAAUUUAUUAAAGUAUGAUCUUAAGACAGACUUGGACAAGUUUUGAUGUUUUGUUUUAGACUGGAUAUUUCUGAUGACUUAAUGAUAAGUAGCUGCAGCAAAAAAGUUUUCAUUUGAAGGACCAACAGAUUAAUAGCCUCCUAAUAGGACCAAGAAUUACAUGCUUUCAAUGAUCAAGCUUUCUAUUUCAAUGUAGGCUAUAUUGUAAAAAAAGUUGUUAGGAUCAAAGCUAAGGAGAUAAUGUGAGAGAUAUUCAUUUGUCUUGUAAAUUAAUUCAUUUGUAUUUAAUUCUGUUCUUGUGUAAGUUACACUAGCAGUGUGCUUUUAUUUUAUUAAUUUCAUUGUGCUGUAUAAAGUUGAAUAAAUUGUACUUUCAUUGG